AUGGAGGAAGAUGAGGAUUCAGUUUUGCUCAGUAGCUUGGGGGUGACCUCAGCGAAUCCUGAAGAUAUUGAACGUGUCAUUUUAGAAGAGGCAAGAAACAACGCAGAGGACAGUCGUGAAACGGGAGGGUGUGCAGAAGAGGAACCUCCUGACAAGUUGGAAAACAUUGAUCCAUCAUCUGCCAACCAAGCAAAACUUUAUAGUAAAUUGAGGGCUGUAAAAUUUGAAAUAGAUGCCGUUGCAUCAACUGUUGAAGAAGUAACAGAUGUUGCAACUGGAGAACGCCAUACCUAUGAUGAUGCUGAUGAUGGAACAAAGAAAAGGGUCAAAGAGGAUGAUGAAAGUGGAGUUCAGGUAUCUCCUGAUGACUGCACUCUUCAGCAGGCCCUGGCAGCUGAUCGGCUAAGAAGUCUUAAGAGAACUAAAGUUAAACUUGAGAAAGAGCUUUCAGAUUUGUGUAAGGAUGAUGCUACCAAGGGUGUAGAACAUGAUAAACUGUUAGCAAACCUCGUGAAGGAAGAUCCAAGACCAAAGAAAAAGUCAAAAAGGGUUCCGAAAUCGGGAAGAAAUAAGGAAAAGCAACAUAAAGUAGUUUCGUUUGCUGAUGAUGCUGAUUUUGAUUCAAUGUUGGAUGCAGCAUCUUCAGGAUUUGUUGAAACAGAAAGGGAUGAAUUGGUGAGGAAAGGAAUUUUAACUCCUUUUCAUCAGCUUAAAGGCUUUGAACGUCGUCUUCAGCAAGCAGGGCCAUCAAGUGGGAAAAAGGAGUCUAAUGAAGAAGACAAGACUGAUGAUCGUGAUUCUGAUAGUGUUGUUAGAGCUGCUCAUUCAAUGUUAGAGGCUGCAAAAUCUCGUCCCAUGACUAAACUCCUUGAUUCAGAAGCUCUGCCAAAGCUUGAUGUACCAACUCGCACUUUUCAGAGGCUGAAAACUCCUCUGAAAGUUUGUCAGUCCACAGAAGGAGAUGCAGAGAAAAGGAAGGGUUCAGAAAGGAAAAAGAAACGACCUUUGCCUGGAAAGAAAUGGAGAAAACUUGCUUCUCAUGAAGAUAUGGGAGAAAGUGAAGAUUCAGGGAGAGGCUUGGUUACGUCCAUCUCUGAAGAAGAUGUUGAUGAUGGUUAUGAUAAUGACUCUCCAUUCAUAACACUUGAAGGUGGUCUUAAAAUCCCAGAAGCCAUUUUCAGAAAACUCUUUGAUUACCAGAAAGUAGGGGUGCAGUGGCUAUGGGAAUUGCAUUGCCAAAAAGCAGGUGGUAUUAUUGGUGAUGAGAUGGGUCUUGGUAAGACCAUCCAGAUCUUAUCUUUUCUUGGAGCAUUGCAUUUCAGUAACAUGUACAAACCAAGUAUUGUUGUUUGCCCUGUCACACUCUUGAGACAAUGGAAAAGGGAAGCACAAAAGUGGUACCCGAGAUUUCAUGUGGAGCUACUACAUGAUUCUGCUCAAGAUGUUUCUUAUAAGAAUCCUUUUAAGAAGAAGCGAGACCAAUCUUAUGAAAGUGAUUAUGAGACCGAAGAUUCAUCUGACAGUGAUUAUGAAGGAAGUAUGUCAUCUAGAAAGGCCAACAGAUGGGAUUCCUUGAUAAAUAGAGUUUUGGAGUCUGAUUCUGGGUUGCUUAUUACAACUUAUGAACAACUGCGCUUGCUAGGAGAAAAAUUGCUUGACUUUGAAUGGGGCUAUGCUGUUCUGGAUGAAGGGCACCGUAUUCGGAAUCCAAAUGCUGAAGUUACCCUAGUUUGCAAACAGCUUCAGACAGUUCACCGCAUUAUAAUGACAGGUGCACCGAUUCAAAACAAGCUGACUGAAUUGUGGUCUUUGUUUGAUUUUGUUUUUCCUGGAAAGUUGGGGGUCUUGCCUGUAUUUGAGGCCGAAUUUGCUGUUCCAAUCUCUGUUGGUGGUUAUGCCAAUGCUUCACCACUACAAGUAUCUACAGCCUACAGGUGUGCUGUGGUGCUGCGUGACUUGAUAAUGCCUUAUCUUCUCCGGCGUAUGAAGGUGGAUGUCGAUGCCCAGCUUCCCAAAAAAACUGAACAUGUCCUCUUCUGUAGUCUUACUUCAGAGCAAAAAUCUGUGUAUAGAGCGUUUCUUGCUAGCAGUGAGGUGGAACAGAUACUGGAUGGAAGUAAAAAUUCUCUGUAUGGAAUAGAUGUGAUGCGUAAGAUAUGUAACCACCCUGAUCUGCUUGAGAGAGAGCAUUCCUGUCAUAAUCCAGACUAUGGUAAUCCUGAACGCAGUGGAAAAAUGAAAGUUGUUGCCCAAUUGCUUAAGGUGUGGCAGGAGCAGGGUGAUCGCGUCCUUCUGUUUUGUCAAACUCAGCAAAUGCUGGAUAUUUUUGAGAAUUUUUUGAAUUCUGGUGGUUAUAAUUACCGAAGAAUGGAUGGUUCGACUCCUAUAAAACUGAGGAUGGCCUUAAUAGAUGAAUAUAACAGCUCGGUUGAUGUGUUUAUAUUCAUUUUAACUACAAAAGUUGGAGGAUUAGGGACAAAUCUAACUGGUGCAAACAGGGUGAUUAUCUUUGACCCAGAUUGGAACCCCUCAACUGACAUGCAGGCUAGGGAACGUGCUUGGCGUAUUGGCCAGAAACGGAAUGUCACUGUAUAUAGACUGAUCACACGUGGAACUAUUGAGGAGAAGGUAUACCACCGGCAAAUUUACAAGCAUUUUCUUACUAAUAAGAUAUUGAAGAACCCACAGCAGAGAAGGUUCUUUAGAGCUCGAGAUAUGAAGGAUCUUUUCACACUGAAUGAUGAUGGAGAGGGCGGGGCAACUGAGACAUCUAACAUUUUCAGUCAGUUAUCUGAAGAUGUAAAUGUUGUUGGGACAAAGAAAGAAAAGCUGCACAAGGGAAAGCACUACAAAGGCAUUGUACAACAUGCUGACAAAGAAAACGACUCUGAGAUCAGAGCUUCCAGGAGGAAAGAGAAAGAAAAGGCUGAUUGUAGUGAUGGUGAAGUAGAUGAAGAAACAAAUAUCUUGAAGAAUCUUUUUGAUGCCAAUGGAAUACAUAGUGUUGUGAACCAUGAUGUUAUUAUGAAUGCACAUGAUGAAGAGAAGAUGAGGCUUGAGGAACAAGCUUCUCAAGUUGCACAAAGAGCAGCAGAAUCAUUACGCCAGUCUCGAAUGAUUCGUAGUCGUGAUAGUAUAUCUGUCCCUACAUGGACAGGCAAAUCAGGCACUGCUGGUGCACCAUCAUCUUUUCGUCAAAAAUUUGGAUCAACUGUGAACUCGCAGCUGAUAAAAUCUUCUGACUCAUCAUCCAGCAAUAAAACCAGCAACCUGAAUGGCUUAGCAGCUGGGAUUUCUGCAGGGAAAGCAUUAUCCUCGGCGGAACUACUUGCCAGAAUCCGAGGAAACCAAGAAAAAGCAGUUGUUGCUGGGUUUGACCAACAGUUUGGAUUUGCCUCAAGUUCUGCCAACAGUGCGAGAUCUGAAGAGAGCGGAGCAUCUAGGCCACCUAAAACUUUAUCCAGUGUCCAGCCCGAAAUUUUGAUUCGCCAGAUCUGUACAUUUAUACAAAGACGAGGUGGAAGUACUGAUUCAUCAACCAUAGUGCAGCACUUCAAAGACAGGAUACCCUCUAAGGAUCUGCCCUUGUUCAAGAACCUUUUGAAGGAAAUAGCUUCACUAAGGGAAGACCCUAAUGGAAAACAAUGGGUUCUUAAACCGGAAUAUCAAUAA